AUGUCUACUACCACGACUGUCACUCAGAGUAUUCCGACGGCGGAAACCCUCCUCCGUCUUUUUCCAGAUAUAGACACUAGCUCCGCCGAGCUAGAAGGUCACGAUGCAGAACAGAUUCGCCUUAUGGACGAGGUAUGCAUUGUCCUCGAUAACGACGACAACCCAAUUGGAACGGCUAGCAAAAAGCUCUGCCAUCUGAUGACAAAUAUCGACAAGGGCUUACUACACCGAGCCUUCUCCUGCUUUCUCUUCGAUGAUAAGAAUCGGUUACUUCUUCAGCAGCGCGCGACCGAAAAGAUCACCUUCCCUGAUAUGUGGACGAAUACGUGCUGCUCUCACCCCUUGGGGAUUCCUGGCGAAACCGGUUCUAACCUGCCAGACUCGGUCGAGGGUGUUAAGCGUGCUGCGCAACGAAAACUCGACCACGAGUUAGGCAUUAAGAAGGAGCAGGUACCAUUCGAGGACUUCCACUUCCUAACACGAAUCCAUUAUAAAGCUCCUAGCGAUGGUAAAUGGGGCGAGCACGAGAUUGACUAUAUCCUUUUUAUUAAGGCGAACGUGGAUCUCGAUGCCAACCCUAACGAAGUAAAGGAUACUAAAUACGUCACCGCCGAAGAGCUGAAGGCGCUCUUCAAUGACCCAAAGCUAAAGUUCACGCCUUGGUUUAAGCUCAUAUGCGAGUCGAUGCUCUUCGAAUGGUGGGAAAACCUCGACUCAGGGCUUGAGAAGUACACCAACGAGCAGGCGAUUAGACGCAUGUGA